AUGGAUAACAUUGUUGAAGCCCUUCGAAGAUCUUUUUUCUCCAAUUUGACGAAACCAUUAAGUUACAGAAAAAAUCAAUUGAAACAAUUAUACAAUUUACUUGAUGAAAAUGACCAAGAAUUAUGUGAUGCUUUACAAAAGGAUCUUCGUAGGCCAAGGACUGAAACGAUGCUUGGCGAAAUAGCCAUGAUUAAACAAGAAAUUUACGAUUCUAUUGAAAACCUUGAUACUUGGGCAAAACCCGAAUUCGUAAAAGUUGGUAUCGCUCACAAAUUGAACAAAUGUCGAAUAAGAAAGGAACCAGUUGGCAGUGUUCUUAUAAUUGGUGCUUGGAAUUUUCCCAUUCUUCUUUUACUUUUACCUUUUGUCGGUGCUAUUGCUGCUGGUUGUACUGUUAUUCUCAAACCUUCUGAAAUAUCAGAAAAUUGUGCGACCGUUAUUACUGAACUGUUUCCAAAAUAUCUUGAUCAAAAUUCUUAUCGCAUAGUGAAUGGAGAUGUUAAAGUGACUACAGUAUUAUUAGAGAAUAGAUUCGAUCAUAUAUUUUAUACUGGUAAUGGAAUAGUAGGAAGAAUUAUUAUGGGAGCCGCGGCAAAACACUUAACUCCAGUUACUUUGGAACUUGGUGGUAAAAGUCCAGCAAUUGUGGCAAAUGAUGCAGAUGCUUUUGUAAAAGAAGUUCCUAGAAUCGUUAAAGAGUUAUACGGAUCUGAUCCUCAAAACAGCCCAGAUUCUUCCCGUAUAAUUAGUCAAAAACAUUUUAAUCGUUUGACUGAUUUGUUAAAUAAAACGGAAGGAAAGAUUGUAUACGGAGGCAAUAAAGAUAAAAAUGAUUUAUUCUUCCCUCCAACAAUAGUUUCUGAUGUUCCAAAAUAUGAUUCAUUAAUGCAAGAAGAAUUGUUUGGUCCAAUUUUACCUAUUGUUGUUGUUGAGAAUCUGGAUGAGGCAUUAGAAUUCGUUAGAUCUAAGGAUAUUCCUUUAGCUAUUUAUCCGUUCAGUAACAAUGAAAAAACUAUUGAAAAUAGUAGGUUAUAUGUACUUAUCAAUGAUUGUUUUAUGCAAUUCUCGGUGUCAACGUUACCAUUUGGUGGCCAAGGACAUUCAGGAAUAGGAAAUUAUCGUGGAAAAAGAACUUUCGAUACAUUCUCGCAUGAGAGAAGUGUGAUGACUUCUCCUCUCAUCCUGGAAAGAUUAGUAGAAGUUCUUUUGGAAUUAUCUAUACCUCCAAGCAAUGUUCCAGUGUCUUACACCUUUCAACUAAAAAAAGGACAACUUUUAUUAGAUAUGGUUAAAAAUUUCAUGGUAUUACACGAUAUACCAUGCUAUCUAGAAAUUUCUGUAAUGUCAACCAUUGAAUCAUUGAUGAGGGAAAUUGGCGAUGCAUCCAAAGCAUGUAAAACUCGAAAAGAACUCGUCGCUAAAUAUCAAAAAUAUACGAUUAAUUUUAAUGAUGCACCUGUGGAGGAUAUUUUUCCUAAAGCUUAUCACACAUUAGUACAUUCUCCCGUUCCAUCUAUUUUUGAUACCUUAUUACAAUUUGAACAAUAUUGUAAGCAAGCUAUUAAGGAAUUAAGAAAUACGCGAGAUGGACAUACACGAACUAUCGAGGAGAGACAUAAAAACAAUAUUGAUGAAGUUGUUGAUAAUUAUUCAGAAAGUGAUUUAGCGAAGUUAAUUGAACUACGUUUGGAGGAAGUUGAACUGAAUCAAGCAAAGUGGCAAAGUAAAUUAGAAGAGGUUCAGAUAAAACAAAAGCGCGAAUAUUGCGAUUUUGUUUUGGAACUCUUUGAAGCACAUCAACGUUGGAUAACAGAGCAACACUCUACAGUUGAUCUUACAUGGAUAUAUAAAUUAGAUGGGAAAAUGAUUGUUUCAGAAGUUAUUAAUAAAAUGAAAAAGUCACAGAGAGCGGUUUCAAAAGAACUUCUUCGACUUGGUCAAGAGAAAGCCGCACGAAGUCGUCCAGGAAGUAUAAGUACAAUGUCCGAUAUUAUGCAUUCUCCAGUAUUAAUGUCCCCAACUUCACCAAUGUUUGCUAAUGAUCCAGAAAUAAUAAAGAUGAUACAAGAGAUAGCGGAAAUUGGUUUCGAUAAUGAAAGGGCAAGAAUGGCUCUUGAAAUGACCAAUCGUAAUUUGGAACAAGCAGUAAAUCUACUUAUAGAGAAUCAAGGAAAAGUAGAUGAACAAAUUGCCAAUGCACAAAAUAAUAUGACACGUCGCCCGUCAUUGGUGACAGGGCCUACCCUAAAAGAUAUUCCUUCCUCACCACAUAGACGUACAAAAUCACAUAGUAGACCUUUAGUAUUAUCAGUACUUGCAAAACAAGAAAAGAAAAAUGGAUGGUCACCAAUGUCAUUUUUACAGCCAAAACAUAACAUGAUGAAUUCACAAAAUAAUUCAUCUGUAAAAAAAAUAAGUGGAUGGAUUGGAAAAGCAAUAGGGAAUCAAGGAAAUGAAGAAGUAAAUGGCCAUGGACAUUUAGAUGAUUCUCAACUUGUAGAAUCAUUUACUAUUUCAUUGGGAAAUCAAGUUAAAUCAACGCAUAAUUUACGUUUAUUAGCAUCUGAUAUGGAUGAUUUACUAAAAUCAUCUAAUGACCAAGCAAGAGAUAUGGCAUAUAGAGCACAAACAGCUGCAAAUUUAUAUUCACAAAAUUUGACAGCAAUUGUUUUAUUAUUGACCCCAAAGGAUUGGCCAAAUUAUAAGUUAGGAAAGAGUGCAAAUAAAGCAUUCUUUGAAUGUUGCAAAGAAUCCACAGAAUUUCAUUUUAAUAGUGUGGAAUCUCAAUUUGAAGCUAUUGAAAAAGAUUUUCAAACUGAUGGUGUACAAGAAGGGGACUUUUUUAUCACAAAACAUUCAAAUUUACCAUUGGUUCAUGUGGUAUUUCAUUUAGUAAUAGAUUUUGAAUCCAUCCAAAAAUCAGAAUUAUUACAACGUUCAAAAGUAAUUGCCGGAUUACGUUCUAUUUUACGUACAGUGAACCGCUUUGAUGUUACAAGCAUUUCACUUCCAUUCCUUUUAUUACCAUCAAAUGUGGAUUGUUUUUCAGAUCCAACAAUUAAUGAAAAUCUUUUAUAUCGAAGAGGUGAAUUGGUACUUAAAUGUACUAAAGGAUUUAUGAUUGAAAAUUCAAGAUUACCAAAGCGUAUUGCUGAAAAAGAACAAGAAACAAAAACUGUAUCAUUUUUAUUGCCAAAGAGUGCAACAGAACAACAAUUCCAAGGCUUUAGAUUAUUGUUAACUGGAGAAUUUAGAGCAAGCUAG